AUGAAAAUAUUAAAAAGAUUUCUUGAUUUCGUUUCUGACGUCGUUUUUGAAUUUCCAGGAAUCCAGGUCAGAGCACAAGACGAGGAAGGGGCUGAUGGAAUUGACGCAAAUGCCGAGGAAUUGUGCCAAGAUAGGCCAGGAGACGAGUAUUUCCGGUUGAACGUUGAGGGAGACUGCCGGGACGUCGUAAGAUUAGAGAAAGGAACAAAGAGUGUUAAACUUGAAUCACAGAUGCGACAAAGCGAGCGAGAUCGGGGUGACCAGGUUGGCGACCGUACGAUGUCCGACAGGUCUGGCAUUCGAUAUCGAGCGUCAGACGUGCGACUGGAAGACAAACGUGAAGAACUGCGACCAGCUGGAGAGUGCACGAAAUCCGGCCUGAAGCAAAUCACGUGUCCCAGCGGGCUGGCCUUUGACUUGGACAAACAAACCUGCGACUGGAAGGGCAAAGUCACCAACUGUGACAAGCUCGAGAGUAAGUCGAUGUAUCGACCAGGCUGAACCGGUGUACCUGUCUCCGUUCCCCCUUUCCCCCGGGAAAUGCGUUUCGAAACAGUGAACUGCUUUUCAUUUUGUUCCUUUCCUUUUCAAUAUUUUAUUUACUAUCUUGAUGAUACUUUCCUUCAAACUUGAAACUUGUACAUUGCCUUUUUAUUUCUUUAAGUGCUAAGGAAAUUGGAUUGGAGAUGAUUUAUAUAUAUAUAUAUAUAUAUAUAUAUAUAUAUAUAUAUAUAUAUAUAGCUGUACACCUUAAUAUUUCAGGCGCGACGGAUAAUAUUAGAUUUUAUAUAUAUAUAUAUAUAUAUAUAUAUAUAUAUAUAUAUAUAUAUAUUCAGCAGGCAUAGGUCAUUAG